AUGGCAAGAGGAGCUGUGAUGGUCAGAGUCAAGCUCCCUCAAAAGAGCAUACAGCCUUGUCCGAAUAGUCAGCAUGACAGGCUGUACUUGAAGCCUUACCAAUUCAAGUUCCGAUCCACAAUUGUUCAAGUUUUCUACGUUUUCCGAUUUCAACUUCUUCCAAUGUCAACUAUUAAUGACAAUGCGCCAUCGACUGAGAACGUCGCCACUGUUCCAGGCGCCGCGGUUUUAGAAACUGUCAGCGGUGCCGGAUUGCGCCGCAGCAACCACAGGGUUGGCAGCCAGCGUGGAGGUCAUGACUACGGCGGAAGUCACGAUGCAGAGUGCUACGAUCACAGUGAUCGCAAUGGCAAUGGCCGCCGCAGCGGCAAGUAGUGAAUUUCAGGUGUUAGCGCCAUAAAGCGGGCCCGCGUGCCCUGCUCUUUCUUCCAGGCCCGCGUGCCGUUUCAAUUCUUUAAGGACCAACGCUGGUCAGCGCAGCAUGCGCAGGAGUAACCUUUUCUGGUCGCGAUGAAGUUGCCAGCGAGCAUCGAGUUGGGCACCCGCGAGUGCAAUUGAGGUGCCCGCGUGCGCAGGCGCCCGUGCGUGCAGAUGUGAGCAUCGUCGAUUGCCUUCUUUAUUCGCGGUGUCUUCUGCUCCCGCUUUUCUUCUAUCGCCUUUUCUUGUCUUGAGUUCGUGAACAGAUCGUCGUACGGGUUCACUCUGUGGCAGCAUUUGCCGUACUCUUGGGACAAUUUGCGUCUAGUCAAGCAGUCCAUUAAGUCGCCUUGGCAGUCGGCCGGCUGGGGGGACCCAUUUUUUGC